CUCUUCUUCCUUCUCAUUAUAUUAUCAUUACUCUCUCUCUCUCUCCAAUCCCCUAAUUUCAUUUCUCUUCUCGCGACGCCAGUGGCAGUGUGCACAGUGGGUGGUUUCUUCUUCUUCUUCUCUGCUCAUUCUUCACUCUACGAAUAAGUUUUCGAGUUUGUGAGAAGCUUUAAUGUUCUUCAAAAGCAGUAAUAUUACAGCUAGGAUUUUCGAUCGUCAGAUUUGCACUCCUGCUCCUGGCACCAGUGUUCAUUAUGCCAGGAAGUUCUAUGAAAACUUGGUACCAAGUUACACGGUAUACGAGGUUGAAUGCCCAGACCAUUCAUUUCGUAAAUUCACUGAUGAUGGUCAAUACCUUAUAAGUUUUAGCAGAAAUCUGCAAGAGCUGAUUGUUUAUAGGCCUAGAUGGCUUUCAUUUUCAUGCAAAGAUGAAGACUGUGACAACCAUGAUUUGCCGUUGAAAGCAAAGAGAUUUGAGAGUUUUUUCACUCAAUUAUAUUGUGUACCACUUGCUUCUUGCAAUGAACUCAUAUGUAAAGACUUCUUUCUUUAUAUGGAGAGUAAUAAAUUUGGACUGUUUGCCACUUCUACGGCCCAAGUUCAUGAUGCACUUGCUGUUGGAGGAGCUGUCCAGGGUGUCCCUUCAAUAGAAAAGAUAACUUUCCACCUCUUGAGGUUGGAAGAUGGAUUUGUCCUCGAUGAGAAAGUCUUCUGUAACGACUUUGUUAAUUUGGCCCAUAACAUGGGUGUGUUCUUGUAUGAUGACCUAUUGGCAAUUGUAUCACUUCGCUAUCAAAUAAUACACAUUCUCCAAAUAAGGGACUCUGGAAACCUUGUUCAUGUACGUGCUAUUGGGGAAUUCUGCCGUGAAGAUGAUGAACUUUUUCUCAAUUCUAAUGCUCAGGGCAUGGCACUUUCUGACAAAAACAAACAGCAGCAGCUUCUUGGGAACCACAUUGAUAAUAACAUACACCAAGCACAGCCUAAUCCAGGGAAUUCUUUUCUAAGUGGUAUAAAGCAGCGAUUACUUUCAUUCAUGUUCCGGGGACUAUGGAAUGAAGAAACCGAUGAUACCUUGAGGGUCCAAAAAAUCAGGCAGAAAUUUUACUUCCACUUUCAAGAUUAUUGUGAUUUGAUUAUCUGGAAGGUGCAGUUCUUGGACCGACACCACUUGCUAAUCAAGUUUGGCAGUGUAGAUGGAGGGCGCCAGGUGUCCCGACAUGCUGAUACGCACCCUGCUUUUGUUGCUGUGUAUAACAUGGAUACAACUGAAAUCGUAUCUUUUUAUCAGAAUUCAGCAGACGAACUUUAUAUGCUGUUUGAGCAGUUCUGUGACCAUUUCUAUGCAACAUCAAGAAAUUCAAUGCAUAUGAACUUCAUAUCAUCUCAUUCAAAUAAUAUUCAUGCCCUCGAACAGCUAAGGAGCAUAAAAGAUAAGGCAAGCAGCUCUUCACAGUUUAUGAAGAAGAUGCUAUCCUCUUUGCCUUUCAGCUGCCAGUCACUGAGUCCUUCUCCUUACUUUGACCAAUCUCUUUUCCGGUUUGACGAUAAGCUGAUUUCUGCAACUGAUCGGCAUAAGCAAUCAACUGACCAUCCAAUCAAGUUCAUUUUAAGAAGGCAUCCAUAUUCCCUCAGGUUUAAGAUCAAACCAGGCCCUGAAGCUGGUAGUAUGGAUGGUCGCGCCAAGAAGAUCUCUUGGUUUCUUUUUCACCCGGUUUUGCCUCUUGCUCUCUCUGUUCAACAGACUUUGAUCAUGCAGCCCCCACUUGUAAAUAUUUCAGUUGUAAAUAUUCACUUUCGAAGAUGAGCCUACUGCAUUUGCUUUAAUCUGACAGUUACCUGUGACUUCAACUGAAUCAAGAGUAUGUUUAUUCGCUCAUAUUGUAGUGAUUGCUGUGACGAGUGGCAUUUUUUUUUUGUAAUUUUGGUCGACUAUUAAGUUUUGAAAAUUUGAAUGAGUCAUUGACACAUGUAUCAAGUAAAACAUGUUGAAGCC